UGCAUUUGUAACCUCGUGGAGGCGCGUUGGAGUGUGUUUCCAUUGGUGUUUCGAUAUUCAUCGUGUGAAUGCCCGGUUGCAACUCGCAUCGGAAAUGAACACGAUAAAGGAAGGCAGCUACGUUGUGGUUAGAGGGUCGAACAACACGCGGUUAGUUCAGGUAGACAGCAAGAAGCCCGUAUUCUUCGGCAAGAGAAAGUUCGGCAUUCAGACAGCAAUUGGAGAGGCGUUUGGGUCUGUCUUUGAGAUUGACAACCGUGACCUGCGCAAGAUAUCGGCUGAGGAGUACAGAAAAAUAUGCUCGGAGUGUGAGGUUCCUGGUGACGAUGUGCAGACCAGUGGUCAAGACAACAGGAAUCUUCUCGAUGACGGCAAAUCACAGAAACUGACAAGAGAAGACAUAGAAACGUUCAAAGCAGAUGGCACAUCUGCCGAAAGGAUCGUCAAGACACUGGUGGAGAACAGCACGACAUUUAAGGAGAAGACGGAGUAUGCCCAGCGCAAGUACCUGAAGAAGAAGCAAGACAAAUACCUGCAGCACGUGGUGCUCGAGCGGCCCACGGCACGGCUCCUGGUAGAGAUGUACUACUCGCAGAACCCACUCAAGAUUGGGAACAUGCGCAUCGACUCCCUGGCUCAAAUGCUGACCUGCUGCAACGUGCGGUCGGGUGGCCGCUACAUAGUGUUUGACUCCUGGGUCGGGCUCCUGACCGCAGCCGUGCUCGAGAGGCUGGGCCAGAAAGGCAGCGUAGUGCAAGUCUAUGCAGGACAAGGACCCGACAGCUCGUACAGACAAGCCGUUUAUGCGCUGAACUUGGAAGAGGAGUUUCUUCGAUCCACUGUGCUGGAAUUGCCUUAUGCAAAGGCAUGCUCGCUGCUCAGUGACUCAAACAGUGAAACACCGGAAGGGAAGCCGGAGAAUGAGAACCAGAGUGCCGAGAUGGAAGAUGUGUCAGAGAUGAACUCGCUCUCAAACGAUGACAGCGUCGCAACAGCCAACGACUCCCAACCGAGCAAGGAACCAGCCUCAGCAACAGAUUCCAAGGACUUGGAGCGUGCCGCAAGGAAACAGCGGAGGUUAGUGGAACAGCAGAAGGCAAUAGACCUGCUCAAGACAAAGUCUUUAGAUGGGCUGCUCGUUGCAAGCAAGCACCACCCGACGGCCAUCGUCCUCUCGCUCCUUGAGUUCGUUGCACCCUCCAGGCCAUUUGCCGUCUUCUGCAGUUUCCAGGAGCCGCUGGUCGACUGCUACACCCAGCUGAAGCAUGCUGGCAGCGCCGUCUUCCUCAAGUUGACCGAGAGCUGGCUCCGAAGUAACCAGGUGUUGCCCAACCGGACGCACCCUUCCAUCAACAUGAGUGGCGGUGGAGGCUAUGUGCUUACAGGCAUCAAAGUCGCAGACGUGGCGUGAAUGUUGCAAACGAUCCUUUCACACCCCACGGUACAGUCUGGCAGGCAGCACCUCGCACCUCUGUCGGCUUCCUGGAUAAACCGUUCGGUGCAGGGAAGUUUGUACAGACGUUGAGGACAUUUGAGGUGGCAAGUACCACUUUCUGGAGAAUCAGUUCCCCAAGGACAGCGACUUUGGUGCUGUUUGAACUUGGAUCCGUGUGCUCUGCUUCUUGAAGCCCUAAAGGCUAAGUUUAACGUGGACCUGUGUAAUUCUUGAAACAAACUGCGAAGGUGAACACACACAUAAAUGAAAUAAGUUCUUCA